AUGUUGUAUGAUUCGGUGAUUGGCCACCGAUUCUUUCACUUGGAUGCAGUCACAGAUCUGUUCUUUAAGGACGAGCGUGUGAUUAUCUCUGCAUCGUUUAUUCAGAGAGGAAUAAGAUACUCCACAACUGUACCAAAUGACCCUAAUACGCAUGAUGACUUCAAACCUAUGGAUAAGUUUCAGGACUCUGCCACUUCUCUAAAGGACGUUGUUGAAGAGGAUGUCAAGGAAAAUCCUGUGAUGAUAUACAUGAAAGGGGUCCCUGAGUUUCCGCAGUGUGGGUUCAGCUCUCUAGCUGUAAGAGUAUUGAUACAUUACAAUGUUCCAUUAAGUGCUAGGAAUAUUUUGGAAAAUGCAGAGCUGAAAAGUGCCGUGAAAGCUUUCAGCCACUGGCCCACUUUCCCCCAGAUAUUCAUCAAGGGGGAGUUCAUCGGAGGUUCUGAUAUUAUUAUGAAUAUGCACCAGAGUGGAGAGUUGAAGUAGAAGCUCCAGGAUAUUACAGCCAACCAGGAAAAAUCAGCUCAAGUA